AUGUGCGGCAUCUUCUUCUCCCUGAGCGCGUCAGGUCCUGUCCUUCCGAACGAGGAGACUUGUGCCUUACUGAGGAGCCGCGGACCGGACAAUUACCGUGUUCAUAAUGUUGAACAAAAUGUGGCCACGACACAGUCGGGCAACGGGGAGCCCGUCACUGUGUAUCUCAGCUUCGUCUCCACCGUGCUCUCAAUGAGAGGAGACCAUAUUGUUCCCCAGCCGCUGGUGGACGAUAAAUCCCAGUCCGUGAUGUGCUUCAACGGGGAUGCCUGGAAGAUAGCUGGUGAACCGAUAAUGGGCAACGAUGCGGAACUGAUCUUCAAGCUGCUACUGCAGGCUGCCAGGGGAUCCUCGGGUACAGAUGUGUCGGAGGAUGUCCCUACGAAAUCCGUCCAGAAAAUCCUGAAUGUGAUCAGUAGCAUCUCUGGCCCCUUUGCCUUUGUGUUUUAUGAUGCGGUUAAUUCCAAGCUUUUCUUCACCCGCGAUUGCCUUGGGAGGCGCUCAUUACUUGAGGGUCUUAGUGAGGCCGGCGAUUUGAAGAUUUGCAGUCUCUGCGAUGGCACUUCUUCUACCCACUUCAGUGAGGUUGAGACAAACGGAGUACAUAUGAUUGACUUUAAACAUACUAUCUUCCAGGUUAAAUCAGACCCAAGCGCCAACCCCCGCACACUUUCCUUUGCGACAAAUAACAUACAAACACUCUUAUGGGACGAGGGGGAUUCAGCCACUCCGCAUGGCCUUAGGACUUCGAUCCCAUCAAUGAAUAGGACUACCCCAGAAGGAGUACCACCUGUACUUAACGUCGAGACACCCGCGGUUAAGGAGCUCGAGCAGAAGCUACGCCAAUCGGUUGCAUUGAGGAUCCAGAAUGUGCGAGAGCCCCCGGCUACUCCAUCCGGAAGCAGAGUGAAAAUUGCUGUACUAUUUUCAGGAGGCCUCGAUUGCACCGUGCUUGCUAGGCUAGCUCAUGAGAUCCUUCCGGAGGGCGAAACCAUCGAUCUACUCAACGUUGCAUUCGAGAACCCACGUGUUGCGGCCGCGGCAGCAGGCAAGGAAGGAGCAGCGGGCUCUGUGUACGAGAAUUGCCCGGACCGUGUCACGGGUCGAUCAGCAUUUGCAGAACUACAGGCAGUAUGUCCCGGUCGCAACUGGCGGUUCGUUGCAAUAGACAUUCCAUACGCGGAAACCGUUGCACAUCGCGAGACCGUGAAACGCCUAAUGAGGCCUCACAAUACAGAGAUGGAUCUCUCCAUCGCCUGUGCAUUAUAUUUUGCUUCCCGAGGGCAAGGACUGGCUUAUGAUAGUAUCCAGCCUGACGCCUCCCCCACCGAAUACACCACCUCCGCCCGAGUACUCUUGUCCGGCCUCGGAGCGGACGAGCUGUUCGCAGGUUACUCAAGGCACGGGGUGGCAUUCUCUCGGGAUGGCUUCAAAGGCCUCAUCGAUGAGAUCAAUCUGGACGUCAGCCGUCUCGGCAAGCGCAACCUCGGUCGUGAUAACCGAGUCAUAGCGAACUGGGGCCGCGAAGCGAGAUUCCCAUUUUUAGAUGAAGAGUUUGUGUCCUGGGUGGUGCAGCUUCCCGUGUGGGAGAAGUGUGGCUUCGGAACUUCCCCGCCAGAGAGCCAAUCACCGGAAUCAGGACUUGACUCGGAGAAGAAAGCUCUCCGUCUCGUUGCUUUGAGGCUCGGUAUGACAAACGUCGCCCGUGAAAAGAAACGUGCGAUCCAAUUUGGGUCUAGGACAGCCAAGAUGGAAAAAGGCAAGACAAAGGGAACCGACGCGCUAAGUUGA